AAGUUCUCGUCUCCCAUGUCCUCCGUAGAUUACAUUUACACACCCAAUAUGAAAAGAGAAACUGAUUUUGUCACAGAGAGAUAGAGAUAGAGAGAAUGGCAUCGUCAUUAUUAUCUACUUCUCAUCUCUCAGUUUUCCCAGAACGCCUGUCUUUGUACUCUAAACCCUCCCAGCACCACUUACUUAAUGUGAAGCCAGUUGGGAUUCGUGUGAAAUCAAGUUUGGAAGAUGAAAGCUCCUCGUCCUCUGGAGGUUUCGAUGACCCAUCACAGUCAAUCAAGAUGAAGGAAUCUCAAUUGUCAACAUCAAGGCGCCAGUGUCUUUCUUGCUUGUGUUCAACCUUAGUUUUAAUCAGUACUUCAGCAACUUCCAUUUCGAUCCCAAAAGCAAUUGCCAUGGAUGGAAAAGAAAGACCUGUAUGCCGGAAUUGUUUGGGCAGUGGUGCUGUACUUUGUGAUAUGUGCGGUGGUACCGGAAAAUGGAAAGCCCUCAACAGAAAACGAGCUAAAGAUGUUUAUGAGUUUACAGAAUGUCCAAAUUGUUAUGGUCGAGGGAAACUCGUUUGUCCUGUUUGUUUAGGUACUGGUUUACCAAAUAACAAAGGUCUUCUAAGGAGGCCUGAUGCACGGCAAUUACUUGAUAAGAUGUACAAUGGUCGGAUACUGCCUGGUUCUUAAUACGUAAAGCCAUAAUGGUUGAUCAACCAACAUCUUUUCAUGGGCUUCACUCUUAAUUAGUCCUUUGAUCAACAGCAAAUCCAAAGGCUAUGUUAGAUUGCAGCUUGACCAUUAAAAAGAGAUGGGAGGUCCAAGGCAGAAAAUCAAAUUUCACAUCUUCAGACAAAAUUCUUAAAAGGAGUUUUGAACACUCCUGUUAUAUAUAAUAGGUUUGAGAGCUGUUUGAAUUUGACACCAUUAAUUGAGAGCUUGAAAUUUUUAUAUUUGUAAUAAGUUUGAUAACACAUUUUUUUUUAUGAGAGCCCCCUAAUUAUAAGGUUUACAAACUGUUACUGAA